UCUCCCGGUCGCGCGCCCGGCGGAGGAGUCUCUCCGGCACAGCCCACAUCCCCGCAGCCUGUACGGACUUUGGGAGGUGCACACGGCGGAGAGCACGAGCGGCAACGGCGUCUCUGUUCGUACCCACGCUGGAUACAUGAAGCACAAGUGCUGAGGACACUUUGACGUAUUCUUGAACGCAGCCACGCGUCUGAAGGCGCUGGAGCCCAAGAAGGAGGCAGCAACACGGACGACGACUUCUUCUUGUUUUCUCAGCAGAAAGGGGCGAGUGGAGCGUCAAGAAAGAUGCCCAAACCAAUCAAUGUGCGCGUCACCACCAUGGACGCUGAGCUGGAGUUUGCCAUCCAGCCCAGUACUACAGGCAAACAGCUGUUUGACCAGGUGGUGAAGACGGUGGGUUUGAGGGAGGUGUGGUUCUUCGGCCUACAGUAUACAGACAGUAAAGGCUACGUCACAUGGCUCAAGCUCAACAAGAAGGUGACCCAGCAGGAUGUGAAGAAGGAGAAUCCACUACAAUUCAAGUUCAGAGCCAAGUUUUUUCCCGAGGACGUCUCUGAGGAACUCAUCCAGGAGAUCACACAGAAGCUCUUCUUCCUGCAGGUGAAGGAGGCCAUCUUGAAUGAUGAGAACUACUGCCCUCCAGAGACUGCUGUGUUGCUGGCAUCCUAUGCUGUCCAGGCCAAAUACGCAGACUACAACAAAGAAAGCCACAAGCCUGGAUACCUGGCCUCAGACAGACUAUUGCCACAGAGAGUGCUGGAGCAGCACAAGCUGACUAAGGAACAGUGGGAGGACAGAAUACAGACAUGGCACGAAGAACACAGAGGCAUGCUGAGAGAGGACUCUAUGAUGGAAUACCUGAAGAUUGCACAGGACCUGGAGAUGUAUGGAGUCAACUACUUUGAAAUUAAAAACAAGAAGGGCACUGAGCUCUGGCUGGGAGUCGAUGCCCUGGGACUCAAUAUAUACGAACAUGAAGACAAGUUAACACCAAAGAUUGGCUUCCCGUGGAGUGAAAUCAGAAACAUCUCCUUCAACGACAAAAAGUUUGUCAUCAAGCCAAUCGACAAGAAGGCUCCAGAUUUUGUGUUCUACGCCCCCCGGUUGCGCAUCAACAAGCGCAUUCUGGCCCUGUGUAUGGGGAACCACGAGCUGUACAUGAGGAGGAGGAAGCCAGACACCAUCGAGGUGCAGCAGAUGAAGGCUCAGGCUCGGGAGGAGAAGCACCACAAGCAGAUGGAGAGAGCACAGCUAGAAAAUGAGAAGAAGAAGAGGGAACAUGCAGAGAAGGAGAAGGAGCGAAUAGAAAGAGAGAAGGACGAACUGAUCGAGAGGCUGAGACAGAUUGAGGAGCAGACACACAAGGCUCAAAAAGAGCUGGAGGAGCAGACCCGCAGAGCCCUGGAGUUGGACCAGGAGAGGAAGAGAGCGAAGGAGGAGGCAGAGAGGCUGGAGAGGGAGCGACAGACAGCAGAGGAGGCCAAGGCAGCCUUGGCACAGCAGGCAGCAGACCAGAUGAAAAACCAGGAACAACUGGCUGCUGAACUAGCAGAGUUUACUGCCAAAAUUGCUCUGCUUGAGGAGGCCAAGAGGAAAAAGGAGGAUGAAGCCACAGAAUGGCAGCACAAGGCCCUGUCGGCUCAAGAAGACCUGGAGAAGACCAAGGAGGAGUUGAAGUCGGCGAUAACCACCCCGCCGGCGCCGGAGCACGACGAGCAGGAUGAAACCAAUGCCGAGGCCAGCGCCGAGCUGCUCAGCGACGGCGUCACGAGCCACCGCAGCGAGGAGGAACGCGUCACCGAGGCCCAGAAGAACGAACGAGUCAAGAAACAACUACAGGCGCUGAGCUCGGAGCUGGCUCAAGCCCGGGACGACACCAAGAAGACCCAGAAUGACAUGCUGCACGCUGAAAACGUCAAGGCUGGCAGGGACAAGUACAAAACCCUGCGCCAGAUCCGGCAGGGCAACACCAAACAACGCAUCGAUGAGUUUGAGUCCAUGUGAGUAAGGGACGGGCAAGAGAGAGAAGAAAGAAGCCAGAGACACAGAGAUGGAUGGUCUCAUUGCCAUGACAACGCCUCGUUUUCCCUCGAACCUGCUUCCCCCUUUUCGUCCACCGUGCCCUCCUCCUCUUCCAACUCCCCAGACCCAUCUACUUUUCCCCUUGACCCGUGGAGAAAAUAAAGGCCAAGGGGUUGUGAAGCUUCGACUCGUCCCCGAGCCUCGCCAAAGCUCCGCCCACCAGCGGUUUACCAAUCACACCGCUCCUCACUUUUAGAGCUCCGCCCCCGAAGCGCACGUCUCGCAAACACACUUUGGAAAAUAGCAGGCAUUGUGUCCUCGUCAACACAAACUUCUCCCUUGAGCAAAAAGGAAAUGUUUAAUGCUUGCUUGUAUGAUAAAAAAGUACAGAUAGAUUAAUAAGGAGACUGAAGUAAUAAAUUGGUUGUAUCUUGCUUUUAUUCAGCAAAAGAAAAAUGGCCAUUUGUAGCUUUUUGAUGUUGCCGGCAAGCUUGUCUGUAAAGCUUUGAUAUCUUUACCUGACUUUUACUUUUUGUCAUCAGUUGAGGAAUUUAAAUAAUUUUCUUUAAAAAAAAAACACGCCUUAUUUGUCUUAUUUUAUUCCAAUGCAGUGUUAGUUUUCCUUUGUUGGGAAGGUAAUUUUGUGUAGCCCUGCAGUCGGUGUCACCUGUCUGUUAAUGUUUUACCCAGUAAAUUAUUUUAAAACAGCAAUCAGUUUGCUAGUACUCUUCCAGAGCAAUUGCAGCAGACCGAUAAGCAAGGUAAAUUUGCAAAUUUUACAUGAUUAUUGUGCUUGCAUUCUCCAUCCAUUGACACAUUUGUUAAAAUAUAUAUUUUGGCUCACAAUAAAGAUUCAAUUUAUA